AUGCAGACGCCCAGCACAGGUGGAGAUGCCAAAGCUGCGGCCGACAAUGGCCCCAUUGCCAUACCAGAGGACUUUACCAUAGACAAGGAUGCCCGCUUUGCCGGCACCGUCGUUGAGUUCAACAAGUGGAGAGGGUUUGGGCACAUCGCGCUGGACCAGAAGGGGGUCGUGCCCGGGGACAAAGUUUUUGUCCAUUGGAACAACAUCCAGACAGAGGACCGAUUUCCACGCUUGCAGCAAGGACUGCAGGUGGAGUUUGGCCUGGUGAUAUCGCAGGGAUGGCGGGGGUGGAACAAGGUGCGGUCACUGAAGGCCAAGACCGUGACACUUCCAGGUGGAGGCAUGAUCAACAUCCAGGCAGCAAUGGAUGCUGAGAACAUGACGUUUGUUGGUGCACAGAACUUCCGCUACACUGGCACCGUCAAGUUUUUCGAUCCAUUCCGUGGUUUUGGGUGGGUCAUUAUGAACGACGGAUAUGCCCUGGACGAGCCCGUCCCCAACGAGAUCAAGGUGGAAGCGUGGGAGCUCAACACAGGUGGAAAACGCUUGCGGAUGAGAAUCGACAAGCUUGAGAUUGAGUUCGGCAUCGUGAAGAGCAAGAAAGGGGAUUCCUACAUGGCCUACAACGUCACGCUGCCAGGCGGCGCACCCAUCACGCAGGAGGCCAUGGAACACCGCAAGGAUGAAGGCGGUCAGAGGUAUACUGGAACAGUGCAGUGGUGGCAGCGGUGGCAAAACUGGGGGCACAUCGUUCCAGACCCUGGCCAAGCCUUGCCGCCUGUGGUGAAAGCGAAGAUGGAGGAAUCACUAGCGCAGGCAGCCGCGAAGGCCAAGCCUGAUGGAAAGCCUCCAGAGAUGCUGCUCUAUUUCCGCAAGGUCGAUUGCGAAUGGAGCCUGCGACCAGACAUUGGCAAGAAAGUUUCUUUCACAGUAUACCUAGAUGACAAAGGCGCCGGGGCCAAGGAUGUCGUGCCCGUGGAAUGA